UGUUUCGAAAAUCUCUUUAUUUCGGCAGCCGUUUUGUCGUGUUUAGAUAGAUUUUGAUCUGACCGCUACCCUUUUUCAAAAUUUCUGCUAGCCGUCAAUUGACAUUGAUUGUUGUUAGCAAUUUGUGAUAAGGGGGGACAAAAAACAUCGACAAAAAACGCACUUAUCAGCUAAUUACCAUACGUUCAAUUUCAGUUGUGUAACUUUAAAAACUUUGGUAAUAGCAAAACGCUUAGGCUCGAAUAAGAGCAAUCAUCUAGAACGUUUUUAAAGUUACACAGUUGAAAUUGAACGUAUGGUAGUUAGCUGUACGUCAUCUCCAGUGACAGUGUCAGAGCUUCAAAUGGCUGAACAUUUAGCUGAUACAAUACAACUAGUGAGCCAAUCUCAACGAGUUUAUUACGAGGAGGAAACUACUAUCGACAUCGGCGAGGUGUCUAAUAAAGAUGAAAGUGAUGGAGACGAGGAAAAAUUUGGUGAAGAUAAGGAUACUGAGGACACAGAUCCGCACUGGAGUGACGAAAGUCUUGCACGGGAAAAGUUGGGUUUAAAAGAAUAUUCUCAGGACUAUAUGCGUGAUUACUUGUGGCUUGUUAAACCUAGUGCUUUAUAA